AUGACCAGCCCUCUGGCUUCAGGAGAGGACCCAGCCCUCUGGCUUCAGGAGAGGACCCAGUCCUCGUGGCAUCAGGAGGGACCCAGUCCUCUGGAUUCAGGAGAGGACCCAGCCCUCUGGCAUCAGGAGAGGACCCAGUCCUCUGGCUUCAGGAGAGGACCAGCCUCUGGCUUCAGGGAGGACCACUCUCUGGCUUCAGGAGAGGACCCAGCCCUCUCUCUCAGGAGAGGACCCAGCCCUCUGGCUCAAGGAGGAGGACCCAGCCCUCUGGCUCUCAGGAGAGGACCCAGCCUCUGGCUUCAGCAGAGGACCCACCCUCUGGCUUCAGGAGAGGACCCAGCCUCCUCUGGCUUCAGGAGAGGACCCGCCCUGGCUUCAGGCAGAGGACCACCUCUGGCUUCCAGGAGAGGACCCCAGCCCUCUGCUUCAGGAGAGGACCCAGCCCUCUGGCUUCAGGAGAGGACCCAGCCCUCUGGCUUCAGGAGAGACCCAGCCCUCUGCUUCAGAGAGACCCAGCCUCUGGCUUCAGGAGAGGACCCAGCCCUCUGCUUCAGAGAGGACCCAGCCCUCUGCUUCAGGAGAGGACCCAGCCCUCUGGCUUCAGGAGAGGACCCAGAGAGGACCCAGCCUCUGGCUUCAGGAGAGACCCAGUCCUCUGGCUUCAAGGAAGGACCCAGCCUCUGGCUUCAGGAGAGGACCCAGCCUCUGGCUUCAGGAGAGGACCCGCCCUCUGGCUUCGGAGAGGACCACCUCUGGCUUCAGAGAGGACCCACCCUCUGGCUUCAGAGAGACCCACCCUCUCUCCAGAGAGGACCCAGCCCUCUGGCUUCAGGAAGACCCAGCCCCUCUCUGCUCCAGGAGAGGACCCAGCCCUCUGGCUUCAGGAGAGGACCAGCCUCUUCCAGGAGAGGACCCAGCCCUCUGGCUUCAGGAGAGGACCCAGAGAGGACCCAGCCCUCUGGCAUCAGAGAGGACCCAGCCCUCUGCCUCAGGAGAGGCCCAGCCCUCUGGCUUCAGCAGAGGACCCAACCCUCUGGCUUCAGGAGAGGACCCAGCCCUCUGGCCUCAGGAGAGGACCCAGCCUCUGGCUUCAGCAGAGGACCCAACCCUCUGGCUUCAGGAGAGACCAGCCCUCUGCCUCAGGAGAGGACCCAGCCUCUGGCUUCAGCAGAGGAACCCUCUGGCUUCAGGAGAGGCCCCAGCCCUCUCUCUCCAGGAGAGGACCCAUCCUCUGGCUUCAGGAGAGGACCCAACCCUCUGGCUUCAGGAGAGACCCAGCCCUCUGGCUUCAGCAGAGGACCCAACCCUCUGGCUUCAGGAGAGGACCCAGCCCUCUGGCUCAUGAACGCACACAGUCAGCUCCAGAAUGGCUACAUCUUCCCUCUACCCUCACCGACCACCUCUACUGCGCCAUCUGUACAGAGAUCUUCACUGACCCUGUGUCUCUCAGCUGCCAGAACACCUUCUGUAAGAGAUGUCUUGAAAAGAGCCUGGAGGCUGGACUUCAACCCCGCUGCCCUGAGUGUAGGGUCCGAUCACGGACAGAAACUUCCAGAUCAACAGACCGGUUAG